AUUGACACAAUCCUGUAUCCGGCACGGCACAUGUUCGUGCACGUUUUGUUUAUUGCAUUAUAAUCGCCUAAAAUGCCUGGAUCAAAUUUAGAAGCAUUUCAGCAGAGAGCUGCUGCUGCGGAGCUGGAAAUUGUCAAGUUAAAAGAAGAGAUUAAGUUAUUACAAGGAUUGGCUAAUUUGAACAUUGAUAACGAGGAAUUGGAGAAGUUACAGACCGAAAACGUGAAGUUGAAACAUCGUCUUGCCAUUUUGAAACGGGCUGUUGAAAUUGAAAAAUCUAUUGCAUGUGGUAACUCAACUCAAGACUCUACCGCUAUGUUGAGUAUUAUUGAAACACUGUACAGCCUAUUUGAAAAAGCCAUUGGCAAGGCUUAUCCUGAUCUAGUGAAUCCCCCAGUAGAUAUAGUUUUGUGUGCCAACGACCCUAAGUUCGGAGACUAUCAGUGCAACAGUGCGUUGCCACUUGCAAAACAGCUGAGAGAACGAGGAGUCAAAACUAAUCCACGGGACAUUGCCAAUAAAAUAGUCUCUAAUAUAGGGCAAAGCCAAUUAGUGGAAAAGCUCGAAGUUGCAGGAGCUGGAUUUAUAAACAUUUUCCUAAAACGUGACUUUGCCAUUUCUACUCUGACAACUUUACUGACGACGGGGCAUGUCGCACCACCUAGUACAAAGAGACAGAGAGUUGUUGUUGAUUUUUCAAGCCCAAAUAUUGCCAAGGAAAUGCAUGUUGGUCAUCUGAGAUCAACUAUUAUUGGCGACAGUAUCAGCAGGCUGCUAGAAUACUUGGGCCAUGAUGUACUUAGAUUGAAUCAUGUUGGCGACUGGGGAACACAGUUUGGGAUGCUAGUAGCACAUUUGCAAGACAGAUUCCCUGAUUACUUGAGUGUGUCCCCACCAAUUUCAGAUCUUCAGGAAUUCUAUAAAGAAUCGAAAGAAAGAUUUGACAAGGAUGCAGAAUUUAAAAAACGAGCGUAUGAGUGCGUUGUAAAGCUCCAAUCAUUUCACCCCGAGGUCACCAAAGCUUGGGAGAUGAUUUGUGAUGUAUCAAGAAAAGAAAUUCAGCAGAUUUAUGAUCGAUUGGAUAUAAAACUGAUUGAAAGAGGUGAGUCCUUUUAUCAGUCCCGAAUGGAAAAGAUAGUCAAGGAGCUACAAGCUCAAGGAUACCUCGAUGAAGACGACGGUAGAAAAAUCAUGUGGGGUAGUGAACCCGGCAAUGGUAUCCCAUUAACAAUAGUUAAAUCUGAUGGAGGAUUUACUUAUGACACGUCAGAUAUGGCUGCUAUAAAGCAACGCAUUGAAGAGGAAAAAGCUGAUUGGUUGAUUUAUGUGACUGACGCUGGCCAAGCCGUCCACUUUCAAACAAUCGAAAAGUGUGCAAGGCGGGCUGAAAUCCUAACUGACAGACAUAGAAUGGAUCACGUUGGUUUUGGUGUAGUGCUUGGAGAGGAUAAGAAAAAAUUCAAAACAAGGUCUGGCGAUACCGUUAAACUCACUGAGUUAUUAGACGAAGGGCUGAAACGGGCUUUAGACAAACUGAAGGAAAAAGAACGUGAUAAGAUACUGACUGAAGAAGAAUUACUCAUUGCACAAGAGUCUAUAGCCUACGGGUGCAUCAAGUAUGCAGAUCUCUCACAUAAUCGAAAUCACGAAUACGUAUUUUCGUUUGAUAAAAUGUUGGAAGAUAAGGGAAAUACAGCCGUUUACCUCCUUUACGCUUUAACAAGAAUACGAUCGAUCGCUAGGAACGCGAAUGUUAGUCGAGAACAACUGCGAAUAGCAGCUGAAACCACUUCCGUAUCAUUAGCACACGAGAAGGAAUGGAAGCUAGCAAAAGUCUUACUCAGGUUUCCGGACGUUUUGUUGAGGAUUACGAAAGAUCUGUGCCUUCAUCAAUUAUGCGAAUUGUGCUACGAGAUUUCGACUGCAUUUUCAGAAUUUUACGACAACUGUUGGUGCGUUGAAAAAAAUCGAUUUGGUGAAAUAGUGAAAGUCAACAUUGAUAGAUUGCUAUUAACAGAAGCGACUGCCAUCAUCAUGGAACAAAUUUUUCUUUUGCUCGGUUUAAAGCCAGUUUCAAAAAUGUAACGGAACUACAUUAAGUUAUUUGCUUCAAGAGUUAUAAAUAUAACAAAUAGUUAAGCUAAUGUGUAACUAACAAUGAAGAACUUGAGUAUAUGAAUUUUAAA